AUGGCAUCACGUGACAACAGCAAUAAAAAUCAUACAUUUGGCAAUGCAUUUGUUAACUUUAUCAACAUAUCUAAACAACAACAACAACCACAUCAACGACCACAGCCACAGCCACAUCAACGACAACAGCCACAGCCACAGCCACAGCCACAGCCACAGCCACAGCCACAGCCACAUCAACGACAACAGCCACAGCCACAUCAACGACAACAGCCACAGCCACAGCCACAGCCACAGCCACAGCCACAGCAACGACAACAGCCACAGCCACAGCAACAGCAACAGCCACAGCCACAGCAACGACAACAACAAAAUCAAGCAAAGAAUAUGAUUGCUGCUGUAAAUAAACUUAAAAAUAUGUUUGAUGAUUUAAGACACGUAACAUGUUUAGCACAUUGUCUUAAUCGCGUAUGUGAACAUAUAAGAUUAAAUAAUAAUAUUGCAGAUAAUUUUGUUGGAAAUAUGAAAAAACUUUUAAAUUUUUCACCAAAACGAAGACAAGAAUUUAAAUCUCUUUGUCCUAAUAUACCUUUGCCUAAACAUCCAAUACUCACAAGAUGGGGUAGUUGGCUUAAUUCUUCAUUUUAUUAUUUGAAAUAUUACGAUAAUGUGAUUGAUUAUGUUAAACAAUUGAAACCAAAUAAUGAUGUGAUUAAAGAAUUGAAAAAUAAUUAA